UGUGAAAGAAAACAAACACUUAACCACUUAAGUAGCUACACCAAAAAUAUUUUUCAAAAUAUCACAAUAGUAACAAAAUUAGCAAACAUCAAACAUGAAAUUCGCACUCAUUUUCAUCAUCCUUUCUCUAAUAUGUCUUUCUUUCAACCCUUGUUUAGCAACCAACAAACCUCACCCCAACCCAACAACCUUCAUAAAACAAUGUUGCACCACCGCCACAUACCCUACUCUCUGCUACACCACGCUAUCACCUUACGCAACCCAAAUCCAAAACAACCCAAAAAAACUAGCAACCAAAUCCCUUAUUAUAGCACUCAUAGAAGCCCAAUCAGCAUCCAAAACCAUGGUCCGGCUUUCAAGAGCCCGUGGGCUUAGGCCCAAGGUGAAGGCGGCCUUAUCAGACUGUACCAUGGCAGUUGAGGGGUCUGCAGCCCAACUAGAAAGGUCCAUUCAGGAGAUGGGCCAGAUCCGGGCCUACUCACAGAUGGCGGCUAGCGAUGUCCAAACGUGGACUAGUACAGCGUUGACAUAUGCAGGUACAUGUAAGGAAGGUUUUGAAGAAAGUGGUGUUAAUGGGAAUGUGAAGAAAAUUGUGGAAGGCAAGAUUGGGAAGUUGUCUCAAUUAACUAGUAAUGCUUUGGCACUUGUUAAACAGUAUUAUGUUUCUGCUGCUAGGAAUGCCAAUCAUAAUCAUAAGGAUAAGGGUAAUCAUCCUUAAGUUUUUAUUGUUUUUGAUGUUUGUGUUAUCUUUUUGUUUUUUUUCAUGAAUGUAAGUUUAAAGGAAAGAUAUAGAUCAUAAAAAUGAGAUAAGAUGUAAAUGCUUGAUUACUUUUAUUUAUGAAGUAUGUUUAUAUUUUAAGUAAUCUUGUAGUAGUGUUGUUAGGGAAUUUGGAGUGAUGAUUAAUUGAAAUCUUUCAUUUUCCAAUCAUGAAAAUGAGGUUUUAAGUUUAUAUUUCAAGUUUCAAAAUUUUAUAUCACA